UAUCUCGUCAAACGUAUGGAAGCUAGGUGUCAAAAAUGCUUUUCUUUAUUAGUUUUCAUACAGUCACAAUCUUUUUAAGAGAUCUUGACAAUUUCGGAUAGUUGUGUUGCACUUAGUUUUGAUACGACUCUUGAAAGAUGAUACAUUGACGCUAAAACCGGAAAACUCCAAAUGAAGAAAGUAGUUCAUGGAAAAGUCAUUAUUAUGUCACUCAUUAGUACAUGUAUACAUCAGUUUAUCAUGUGAUAAAAUAAGGGGUCAAACUCUACAUGUAAUUGUGUUGUUAAAAACUUAUCAGUGCAAUUAAUAGUAUCAUAACUAGUGGGACUGUCAUUAUUAACUUUUGCAACGACGGAUUUUUAUUGCUUGAAACUUUUAAUUGGUGCCGUCAAAUUGAUCCUGCUGGUGUUAUUUUAAAGGAAUGCGCAUAUUUGGAAUAAAAAUGAACUGCCGUAAAAUUCCGCUAAUUAUUUUGCUGAUAUUGAUGUGUUCUGUGUUCAGUCUUUAUAUGAUCUUUUUCAAUCAUGGACCACCAGAGGAAAUUUUAAAAACGAAUCUUAAAAAAUCUGCUGGAAGAAAGGCAAACGAGGAUGUAGAUGAAUUAACUGAUUCAGAAAUAGCAUGGAGAAAGUUCAUAAAAGACAAUAAUUACGUUGCUAUAGGAACCUUGUGGGAUUCUUGUGAUGGCGACAAAGAUACUAUUGGUAAAGUUAUUCUAUUGCCAGAUAAACAAUCAGGAGGAAUCAAAUCUCGAACUUUUGUGAAUGUAACUUUUGGUGAGGAAUAUAAUGGAGGAGAGUUAGGUAUAUCAGUGAAGUAUAAUGGUAAAGACCUAUAUGAUAAUAAAUGGGACUUCUGUAGCAUUGACGAGAACGAGGAGGAGGAAGACAGACAAGUUUUCUGUCCAUACAAACCGGGAUAUCACGCAUGGAUCACAGAUAGGAAGGUGCCCAAAUAUCUACCAAAGGGCACCUAUUUCUCGAAGACUUGGUUAACAGAUGGGGAAGGAGAACUCGUUGCCUGUGGAUUCUCAGAAUUUGUACUAUAGUGACAUAUUAUAGUGCUAUUUUUUAUGAGAUCUGAAAUAUAGUUUUGUAUUAAGAAAACCAAACAUUUUUUACUGAGCAUGAACGAAUCAGGAAAUGUGAAUGAAUGUGAGAUGGGCAAGUGACAGUUUGUUUUUUAUGUAUUAAGUUAUUGGAUAGAUUCUCAAAGUUGUAUUUGUUCAAUUAUAAACUUGCAGAGUUGAAAAUUAUUGUAAUAUGGUGUACAGAUUUAAUUUUCACGUGAGUUUUAAUGGAAUGUAUUUCGAUUUGAUACAUGGUAAUUCCAACAAUCGCCUUAAUCUUAGACGAGUUAGAUCUGUGUAAAUUACAAUACACAUAUACAACAUAAGUGGAAUAUCAACUAGUACUUCUUAUAAGUACCAUGCUAGUGGAUGAUGUCAAUAACCGUAUUAGUGUACUGAAGUGUAAAUGUCCUUAAAGAUGUAGAUAAGUGAAUUUGUAUAUUAAAUGAAUAGCUAAUGACCUUGGAUAUAUGCCACAUCGUAAAUAUAUAUAAGAUAUUAUUUGUCAUCUUAACAUUGUAAUAUACUACAUUAAUAUUUAUUGAGACUAGCUUUAUAAGUCUUAUUAUAACAACGCAAUUUCAAAAGUUAAUAUUAAUCAUUAAAAUUUUCUUUAUCAC